UCACGAAUAUACGAUAAUACAAUAUGGCCGAGCGCCCUAUCCAAUUCUCUGAACACUUACAACUCACGGCUUUGGGAAUAAACCCAGCCAGCAUCAGCUUUCAAACUCUAACGAUGUCUUCCGACAAAUUCAUUUGCGUUCGCGAGGGCGACGGCGGUGCAACACCAAAGCAAGUCGUUAUCGUCGAUCUAAACGACCUGAACAACGUUAUGAGGAGGCCAAUAUCUGCUGACUCUGCUAUCAUGCACCCUGAUAGAAAACUCAUCGCUUUGAAAGCGGGUAAACAACUCCAGCUAUUCAACUUGGAACUCAAGCAGAAGGUGAAAUCACAUUUGGCUACAGAUGAUAUCGUCUACUGGUCUUGGCUCAACGAAUCUACUCUCGGCUUAGUUAGUGAUACCUCUGUCUACCACUGGGAUAUCGACGCAGUCGGUGAAAACUCUCCAGUAAAGGUUUUCGAUCGUCAUGCUAACCUCACUGGCUCACAAAUCAUCAACUACAGAGCUACGGAUGAUGGAAAGUGGAUGGCCCUUAUUGGUAUAUCCAGCAAUCCAAGCCCAGAUGGUUUUCGUAUUAAAGGUGCUAUGCAGUUAUACUCUCGCGACAGAGGUGUUUCUCAGCCUAUUGAAGGUCACGCAGCUGCUUUCUCUGAGCUCAAACUUGAUGGUAACGCAACACCUUCAAAGUUGUUUGCUUUUGCCGUCAGAACAGGCGCAGGUGCUAAGUUACACAUCGUAGAAAUAGAUUACCAAAGUGGUCAGACGCCUUACACUAAAAAGGCAAUCGAUGUCUUCUUCCCAGCAGAAGCUGCAACCGAUUUCCCAGUCGCCAUGCAGAUCUCAAAGAAGUAUGGUAUUAUAUACCUCAUUACUAAAUUCGGUUUCGUUCAUCUCUACGAUCUCGAAUCUGGUACUUGUAUUUACAUGAACAGAAUCUCUGGAGAUACUGUCUUCGUCACCGCAGAACAUGAAUCUACUUCUGGCUUGAUCGGUGUCAACAGAAAAGGUCAAGUCUUGUCUGUUUCAAUAGACGAGAAUACCGUUAUCCCGUACAUCCUCAGCACUCUCAACAACGUUGAAUUGGCUUUCAAGCUUGCUAGUCGUGGUAAUUUGCCAGGCGCUGAUGACUUAUACAUGGCUCAAUACCAAAAUUUAAUGAGUAAUCAACAGUUUAACGAAGCAGCAAAGAUUGCUGCCAACUCACCUCGUAGUAUUCUUCGUACGCAGCAAACUAUUGAGCAGUUCAAGUCACUUCCAGCUGUUCCUGGUCAACUUUCUCCUAUUCUUCAAUACUUUGGUAUCCUUUUAGAAAAAGGAGAGCUCAACAAGUUCGAAUCACUUGAACUCUCUCGUCCUGUUUUGCAGCAAGGUCGUAAACAACUACUUGAAAAGUGGUUGAAGGAGAACAAGCUUGAGUGCUCUGAAGAACUCGGUGAUAUCGUUCGUUUACACGAUAUGACUCUUGCUUUGUCCAUUUACCUUCGUGCAAACGUUCCAAACAAAGUCGUCGCAUGCUUCGCUGAAACCGGUCAAUUUAAUAAGAUUAUCGUUUAUGCUCAAAAGGUCAAUUACACACCUGAUUACGCUUUGUUGAUGCAACACAUCGUACGCGUUAACCCAGAUCAAGCUGCAGAGUUUGCUAGUCAAAUAGUAAAUGAUCCAGAAGGUCCAAAAAUUGAUAUCGAGAGAGUGGUAGAUGUUUUCCUCGGUCAAAAUCUUAUUCAACAAGCUACUUCAUUCUUGUUGGAUGCUCUCAAAGAGAAUAAGCCAGAACAGGGUCAUUUGCAAACUCGUCUUUUGGAGAUUAACCUUAUUAACGCUCCUCAAGUCGCUGAUGCCAUCCUUGGUAACGCAAUGUUCACUCACUUUGAUCAUCCACGUGUCGCAAACCUGUGUGAAAAGGCUGGAUUGCUUCAACGUGCUUUAGAGUUAUAUCAAGAUACCAAUGACCUCAAGCGUGUCGUCGUACACACUCCUUUACUUAAUCCAGAAUGGCUUGUUAACUACUUCGGUCAAUUAACAGUUGAUCAAACAUUUGCUUGUUUAAAUGAGAUGCUUAAGGUAAACAUCAGACAAACUCUUCCAAUGGUUGUUCAAAUUGCUACAAAGUACAGCGAACUUUUAGGAUCUCAUAAGCUCAUUGAACUUUUCGAAAGCUUCAAGACAUUUGAAGGUCUCUAUUACUUCCUUGGUUCAGUUGUAAACCUCAGUGAAGAUUCUGAAGUUCAUUUCAAGUAUAUUCAAGCUGCCACUCGUACCGGUCAAAUCCGUGAAGUCGAGAGAAUCGUUCGUGAAUCAAAUCAUUAUAAUCCAGAAAAGGUUAAGAACUUCCUCAAAGAAGUAAAAUUGCCUGAUCAACUACCACUCAUUAUUGUUUGUGACAGGUUUGACUUUGUCCAUGAUCUCGUUCUCUAUCUCUUCCAGAACGGACUUACUCAAUUUAUUUCUACAUAUGUUCAACAAGUUAACUCAGCACGUUUACCACAAGUUGUUGGUGGUUUAUUGGACGUAGAUUGCGAUGAGCAGACCAUCAAGAACCUUCUUUCAUCUGUCCACGGUUUAUUCGACGUUAAUGAACUUGUUGAUGAAGUAGAAAAGCGUAACCGUCUCAAGUUAAUUCUUCCAUGGCUUGAAAGUCGUAUCAACGCAGGUCAGCAAGAUGCAGCUAUUUACAAUGCUUUAGCAAAGAUCUACAUUGACAGUAACAACAACCCAGAGCAAUUCCUCAAGGAGAACAACAUUUACGAACCAUUAGUCGUUGGUAAAUACUGUGAAAAGCGUGAUCCAUAUCUUGCAUUCAUCGCUUUUGCUAAGGGCUUCUGUGAUGAUGAAUUGAUUUAUAUUACAAACGAGAAUGGCAUGUACAAACACCAGGCUCGUUACCUUGUCAAGCGUCGUGAUCUCGAUCUCUGGGCACAAGUUCUUACUGAUUCAAAUGAGCACCGUCGUCUUCUCAUUGAUCAGGUCUCAGCAGUUGCAAUCCCUGAAUCACAAAAUCCAGAUGAUGUCUCCGUUGCAGUUAAGGCAUUUAUGACUGCUGGUCUCCAACAAGAGCUCGUUGAUAUUCUUGAAAAGAUCAUUCUCAAUCCAACUACAUUCAGUGACAAUGGUAGCUUACAAAACCUCCUCUUGUUAACUGCUAUCAGAAGUGAUCAAGGUAGAGUAAUGAACUACAUCAACAAGCUUGACAAGUAUGACUUUAAUGAAAUUGCAAAGAUCGCUAUCGACAAUGACUUGCAUGAAGAGGCUUUCACUAUUUACAAAAAAAACGAUGCUCACUUUGAUGCCCUCGUUGUCCUUGUUGAACAUAUCGUCUCUAUCGAUCGUGCUUAUGAUUACACUAACAAAGUCAACGAACCAGCCCUCUGGGCUCGUCUCGCUAAGGCACAAUUAGAUGGUUUGAGAAUAACUGAUGCUAUUGAAUCAUAUAUCAAGGCAAACGACCCAUCAAACUUCACUGAGGUUAUCGAAAUUUCUGAACGCGCAGAGAAGCAUGAAGAUUUGGUUAGAUACUUGCAAAUGGCACGUAACACAGCACGUGAACCAAAGAUCGACUCAACUCUCGUUUACUGUCUUUGCAAAACUGAUAGAUUGCAAGAUGCUGAAGAUUUCUUACAUAUGACUAACGUCGCGGAUGUCCUUGAAGUUGGUGAGAAAUGUUUCAACGAUGGUCUUUACUUGGCUGCCAAGGUACUCUUUACGUCUAUUUCCAACUAUGCUAGACUUGCUACAACGCUUAUUUACCUGGAAGAUAACCAAGCUGCGGUUGAAUGUGCCCGUAAAGCUGGUAACACUCAAGUUUGGAAACAAGUUUGUCUCGCUUGUGUUGAUAAACAAGACUACAAGCUUGCUAGAAUCUGUGGUUUGAACUUGAUCGUUCACCCAGAGGAACUUCAAGCUAUUAUCUCGCUCUACGAGUCUCGUGGAUUGUUCCAAGAGAUGCUCGAUCUUUUCGAAGCUGGUCUUGGUCUUGAGCGCGCUCACAUGGGUCUCUUUACUGAAACUGCAAUUGCUUACGCCAAGUACCAGCCAGAGCGCAUGUUUGAACACCUCAAACUUUAUGGAUCACGUCUUAACAUUCCGAAAGUUAUCAAAUCUGCUAAGGAAGGUCAUCUCUGGAGAGAGCUGGUUUACCUCUACAUCGCCUACGCAGAAUGGGACAACGCUGCACUCAAUACUAUUGAACACAGUGCUGAUGCUUGGGAUCAUCAACAAUUCCGUGAUGUACUCAGUAAGGUUGCAAACGCUGAGAUCUUCUACAAGGCACUCUCUUUCUACCAAGAGCAACACCCAACUUUACUCACUGAUCUUCUUACUGCUCUUAUUCCACGUAUUGAUCACUCAAGAGUCGUUUCAAUGUUUAGACAUUCUGACAACUUACCAUUAGUACGUGCAUACUUGAUCGCUGUUCAGAAUUUGGAUGUUGCAGCUGUCAAUGAGGCAGUCCAUGACUUGCUCAUCGAAGAGGAAGACUGGCAGACACUCUUGGAUGUUAUCGAUCAAUACCAAAACUUUGAUCAUCUCUCAUUAGCCAAGAGAUUAGAACAACACGAGUUGUUGGCGUUCAGAAGAAUUGCAGCUCACUUGUUUAAGGUUAACAGAAAAUAUGAAGAUUCUAUCAAUCUCUCAAAGAGUGAUAAACUUUAUAUAGAUGCUAUCAUUACAGCUUCAACAAGUGAAGACGUACAGGUCUCUGAAGACCUUCUUAGUUAUUGGGUUGACAUUGGUAACAAAGAAUUAUUCACGGCUCACUUAUACCUUUGCUUCAAGUUAGUAAGACCAGAUGUCGUUGAAGAGUUAGCAUGGUUCAAUGCACUUGAAGACUUCGCAAAACCAUACCAAUUUGAGUUGAGAAGACAAACUCAAGAGCGUAUCAAAGCACUCGAGAAGAAGGUUGAAGAGCAAGCAAACAAGACAGCGAAGAAGGAAGAAGAUGAAGACUCUCAACCAAUCAUGGGACCAGGCUUUAACCAAACACUCAUGAUUGGCGGUCCUGCAGGUUGGAAUGCAGGUACUAAUGGUGUUAUGCCUCAACAAACAGGUGUUAUGCCACAAGCUACAGGUGUUAUGCCCCAAAUGACCGGUCUUCAAGGAGGUUUUGGAUACUAAAAUGAAAAUUUAAAUUGAUUCUAGCUAAAUAUUCUGUAAAAUACAUAAAAGAUAUUGUUUCAAGUG